ACUUCCGUGUGGAGCUGAGCCACUGCUUAUCUAUGGCCCUUCCUUUUCAUCCUCUGUAAUGCACCGGUUUUAGUCCAGAAACGUCUCUCCUUUUUUCUUUUACCUCCCCAAUAAUUUCUCUUCCCUAAUCACAUUGUUUUUUCUUCAUCUCAUUUCUUUCAUCUGUUACUUUGAAAUCUUCUUAAACAUACCACCUCUGCUUUUCAUUUUUAUUUCUUCUCUAUUAUCUGUUUCAACACAAAUUUUAAAAAAACAAUGGCAAUUCAGAAGAGUUCUUCCAUACGUAAUCUGCUUCAAUCCUUACGAGCUGCUUCUUUUUCAUCUAUGAUUGCAAAUGAUCAUAGGUUCACAUCUCACGCUUAUUCUUCAGCAACGACUCAACCAUCUGGUUACUGUGGUGACGAUGAGGAUGCGGAUGUGAAUUGGGAUAAACUUGGAUUUGGAUUGACGCAAACCGAUUACAUGUACGUUAUGAGCUGUUGUAAAGACCAAAGUUUUCUAAAAGGACGACUCUGUCGAUAUGCCAAUAUCGAGUUAAGCCCUUCCGCAGGUGUCUUAAACUAUGGACAGGGCGUAUACGAAGGCAUGAAAGCUAACAGGACACAAGAUGGGCGAAUUCUUCUAUUCCGAGCAGACCAAAACGCAGGUCGAAUGAGGCACGGGGCUGAAAGAAUGUGCAUGCCAUCCCCUUCCAUUGACCAAUUUAUUGAUGCAGUUAAGGAAACUGUAUCGGCUAACAAGCGUUGGAUUCCUCCUCCAGGAAAAGGAUCACUGUAUGUUAGGCCUAUGCUUUUAGGGACUGGUCCUAUAUUAGGCUUGGCACCUGCUCCGGAAUAUACUUUCCUCGUUUAUGUUUCCCCUGUUGGUUACUAUUUCAAGGAGGGUACUGCACCUUUGAACUUAUAUAUCGAGGAAGAAUAUGUUAGGGCUUCUCCUGGAGGAGCUGGAGGAGUGAAGUCAAUCACCAACUACGCACCAGUUAUGAAAGCAAUUGCGAAAGCCAAAGACAGAGGAUUUUCUGAUGUCUUAUAUCUUGACGCCAUUAAUAAAAAGUAUCUGGAAGAGGUCUCCUCUUGUAAUAUUUUCAUUGUUAAGGGAAAUGUGAUUUCAACUCCGGCAACAAAUGGGACUAUUCUUGAAGGGGUAACUCGAAAAAGCAUCAUUGAGAUUGCGAAGGAUCAUGGUUACCAAGUUGAGGAACGGCCGGUUGCGGUUGAUGAACUAGUUGAUGCCGAUGAAGUUUUUUGCACCGGAACCGCUGUUGGAGUUGCUCUGGUUGGUAGCAUUACAUACAGGAACAAAAGAAUUGAAUUCAGAUCAGAGGGUAGAUUGGUGUGCCAGCAACUGUACUCGACUCUCGUGGGACUUCAAACUGGUCGCAUUGAGGAUAAAAAAGGAUGGACCCUAGAGAUCAACUAAGAUCUUUAAUGCUGAAGGCUUAUAAUUUGCUGCAGUAUAAAUCCCGUUUGCAUAACGAAUAUAAUUAUUAACUUCAAUAAAAAUCGGGUUCAUAUGUAAUUGUUGAUUUCAUACUUAAAAAGAAUAAAAAUUUAUGGACCUAAUUUAUCGAUUUCGUUCAA